UACUAUUUUGCAAUUUAUAAUUCUGAUUUUAUGUUUCACAAUGAAAUACUUAGACAUUCUAAAGCGAAUUUACUUUAGUAGACAUCUGUAUAAGGUUGUUUAUUAAUGUACUCUUGCUCGAAUUUAUAGAAUUUCAUCUUAUUAGACAAAAUGUCUAUAUCAGAGGAGCAAGAUGAUUUUAUUUUUCGGCCACAACAACAUUUAGACCCUAAAUGGUUGAAUCCUGACUUACAAGAAGCUUUACAUUGUCCGGACGCUCUCUGUACAUUAUUUAAUAGUUUAAUUCAGGACAGAGAGAUCUAUUUCGACGCCGGAAAUGGUCUAGUUAAUGGUGCUGGUAUAACUGCUAAGCUUGGUGAUAGUGGGAAGUAUUAUUGUGGUCUUAGGAUUCUUUCAUGCACAUGUUGUGACGGACUGUGUGGUCCUCAUUCGGGAUGUGCAUGUCCUCCUUGCACUGCUCUAUCGGCUGAGGAAGAACUUCGUGCUUCAAUUCAGUCUAAACUUGUUGCACCACCCAAUACUAGUCAAGUUAUUGAUGAAAUUAAAUGGAAAUUAGACCCAGGCCCAGAAUGUCUUCAAAGUGUGAUGGAAUCCUUAAUUUGGGAGCAGCGUGUGAGAGCCAUACACACAGCUGUGACCUGCCCAUAUAUCUCACAAAUAAGGCGCCUAAUUGUCAUCUGUCAUAGACAUCUUGUUGCUGUAAUAAGGGAGCAAAAUCAUCAAAAAGAACCAAAGAAAGUUAAAUUGGAUAAAGCACCUCAUGGUGUAAGCAACAGAGCUCUAAGCAAUGUUGUGGCUACUUUGAAGAAACCUGUUGAAAUUUGUUCAGAGGCGCAAGAAGAUAGUGAGGAACAAACUGAUGAUUCAGAAAGUGCACUUGCUCGCGUAGGAGCCAGAGCUGCCUUGCGACUGGCUCUAUCUCUCGUAAGACGCGCCUGGCGGUGCGGUGAAGACGCGGAUGUGUGUUCCUUGCUAUUACGCGACGCGUUGGAGGCCGUGCGAGCGUUGCCUGAUGCAGCACUGUAUGCUGGAAAUGGACAAACAAGCAUUACGGCACAACAAACACCACGCUCGCAGAAAAUAUGGGCGGAAGUUGUCGAUAGUGCAGCGAAAUUCUUGCAUCAAGUUGUUGCAGGGGAAGUUGGUUGUAAUGUCCCACAAGGCGAUUGGCGUACUUCAUUAUGUGUGUGGGUUGAACUAUGUGCUAGAAGAGCAGAGCUACCUGCAUUACUGAAAGCAGCUGAUGUCUUGGUUACACUACCACCUAAACAGAAACGACAGUCUGAUAACAGGAUAGUAUUAGAAGAAUGCACAGCACCAUUAGGACCAUUUCUAAAGAGGAUGGCGAAAGUAUUGCCUCCAAAUCCCAUCAUCAAUUCUGAACCUAUGCCUGAAGACAACAUGACAGCAACAUUUCUGAAAGAAUUAGAAAUACCAAGUGGUGAUGGUCUCAUGAGUGUGAAAAAAGCAGGCAUUGCUUUGUUAUGCCAUUUGGAUAGACUUGGUGCUCCACUGUUACCACCUUUGAAAGGAUUUGUUACAUGUACUGAGUCAGCUCAAGAAGUAGUGUCAGUUGGUGUUGGUCCCAUUCAACUCGGAAGUUUAAGAGUCCAACAAAUAGCGUGUGCGGAGAAAUUGGCUUUACUCCUUACUCAAGAUGGUGUCAUAUACACUCUACCCUAUGAUACACUAACACCUCAUUUAGUGCCAGGUCUCGAAGGCUACACCAUAGCGCAGGUAGCGUGCCACCCCACGGGCCGACACUAUUUAUGUCGAUCUACAUGUGGUGGGGUAUGGACGUGGGGUUCGGGGGAAGAUGGCCGCUUAGGGCAUGGAGAUACGGCCAAUAGAGACGCUCCACAGACUGUGCACCACUUGGCACAUCAUGAGGUAGUGCGGAUCACUGCAGGACCGGCUUGCAGUGCAGUGAUCACUUCUCGCGGUGCUCUGUACACUUGGGGGCGAAGCGCCCAGGGCCGCUUGGGACAUGGCACUAUCGAAAAUUGUCUCACACCACAACCGGUCGCUUUCAACGCUCACAAUAUUGAGAGAAUCAUUGAUGUCGCUUUAGCGUGGGGGGAAGGCCAAACGCUCUGUUGCACGUGGGAGGGUGCGGUACAAGUGUUUGGAGACAGCGAGGGCGGGACCCCGCGUGCGUUGUCCGCACUUGCGAUGUUCCGAGUCACGCGUGUGUACACGGGCGAUAAUUGGCACGCUGCACUCACUGAUGGUGGUCAAGUAUACACAUGGGGCAAAGGUGAUGGAUAUCGAUUGGGCCAUGGAAACUUUGAAACUUUUAAAAUACCAAAACUAGUGGAGGCCCUACAAGGUAUAAAGAUAAUAGACCUAGCUUUGGGCGCGAUGCACGCAAUCGCUAUAACAUCAGAUGGACUUUUGUACGCAUGGGGUACACACGAACGCGCUCAGAUUUCUAACCCGACUCCUCAGCCAAUACAAGUUUUCAACCCAUCUUUUAAGGCCAACGGUGUUUCGAGUGGUACUAAUCAAAUUUUAGCUUGGAGUGAGGAGAAUCCAAGGGACCUUCCAUCGUCAAUGCCUUUUGUUAUUGAUCUAUCUGAAAACACAUUCAAAUUUUUAGAGAGGUUAUUGAGAAUUGCUGUUGAACAAAGUAGUGCAGCUAAUAUGAAAGAAAACGAAUGCCUCGCCAUUUCCUGUCUCAACCUGCUUAGACUACAAGUACACGCGUUCCAAUGCGCGCACGGUGAUCUCGAAGACACUGAGGCAGAAAGCCGCUCUUGGUGCGCGGGCGUGCACGGUGCGCUUGUUGCACUUGCUGAAGGACGAGCUGGUGCUGGUGCUGCGGCGGCUGCGAGACGUGCACUGGCUGCUGCCUGGCCCGUGUUACUGCCGACGCCACAUGUGCGCGCGCAUCACCUGAUAUCGCUGUUACCACAAGGAUCAGUACCUGCCAGUGCGGGCGCGAGGUUCAUGACAGAAUUACUUGUGUGGUCGUUGCUUGGAGGUGGAGGUUUAAAAGAUGCCUUGUCUAACGCGCUGCAAGUUAAUUCGUCUGAUUCAUACAACCAUUUACAACUAGAUGACGAAUUCGAUCAAGUCGAUAUUGUAACGGGACAACGAAGUCGGCCUACCACUACAAUGUCAGAUGAAUCUGAUGCUGUUCAAGUGGAAUGCGUUGAAGAAUAUCAAAUAAGUAAUGCGGCAUCUGCAGAUAACGGUUCGUCCGUUCCCUUGAUGCAUUUGGUCAAGCAUUUAAUAAAGAACACAACUUGUCAAACACAAAUGCAUAUAAAGUCGAUAAUGGACGGUGAUAUAAGUAAGACUGAUGAUUUAAAAGGACACGACACUGUCAGUCCUAGCUGUGAUUUGUUGAUACGUUUUCAAAGGUUACUAUUCUGCGAAGCGAUGUGGUCCCGCGGCGGACGAAGUACGCGUGGUGGUGUACGCAACUUGCUCACUCAGUACGCGACUUUACUAGCUGAGCACGUACAGUCGACUCUAACGUGCUUUGUACGUGCUGUACAUACAGCGGACAGCACGCAGCUGACGAGCCUGUGUGAUCUCAUUAGUGCUGAUAUUGUUGGAAGAGUAGUAAGUGAAUUGGCGGUAUGGGUGUGUUCAUGCGCAGCUCGCUCCGCCUUUGCUCUCACAGACUGUUUAGUGGCAUUUUUAAAAAUUAUCCGCGCGUGCGAUGAAGCUGCCAAAUCUUUACCUUCUGCUGCUAAAUUAGACGCUGAUCUGUUGGGCUGGCCUGCGUUGGUAUCUAGACGAAACCAAACCAACAUGUUUGUUGUUAGAAAAUGUGACUUGCACAACCACAAUAAAGAAGGUGGCUCAUGGAUCAUCAUAGCCGGAUACGUAUACGACGUAGAGAACUUUGAGUGCGCCAACGCAAGUACAGUGGAACUAGUACGUAAGAUGCGUGGCAGUGACGCAACAGCUGCGUUCAGUACGGAACCGCACGCUGCGUUUCUGUCGCGUGUUACUGAGAAGUGUGUCGGCAUGUUUACAUCGCAAGUGCACAGCCAUAAGUGUCAAGAGAAUAAGUCAACCCUGCGCACGCACCACGUGCUAUCAUCGUGCGCGUUUCACCUGACGCUCGGAAUGUCGCAGAGCGGUUUGCGAUUGGCCCGUUCAUUGCCGGUGCAACAAGCGGAACGGGACACUAGCUCACAUGUCAACUCUGUGUUCUUGAGAGGGGGACUUCAGACAUCCCGACCAGCAAACCCCUUCGAAGAAGAAAAAGCGGAAGCCCGCAGCGGCUCUUCAACAGGUGGCAACAGCCCCGCAAGCGAAACGGCGCACUUCUCCAACGCGUUGCACGCAAGCACCGCGCCCGCAUUCGUGACGCAGAAGACUAGAGUGCCCAAAGCUAAUGUUGGUCAAGCGAGCGCUGAUGCGUUGUUACAUGCGCUCGCUGAGCCUAAGUUACAUGACCCCCUCGCCUUACAUCUUUGGUGGGCGUGUGAAAGACGCGAAGGUUGCGCUCCACACUUCCCGCCAGAACAUCCUUUGGAAGAAUUGAGAAGGGCAUUAUUAGCCGCUCUUCUGUACCACGCUGGGUUGAAAGAACACGCCUUAGCGACGGCUACUGCAGAAAUGGAUAAAGGAGAAGUGAAAUUAUCACCAGCAAUGUCGGAAAUAGUUAAAGCAGUACAACAAAGUAAAUGGACGUUGAUGAGGACAAGACAGCAAUUAUCUCGGGGUUAUAAAGAGGUUUGCGCAGCACCCCUAGAAAGAGCUCGUUUCCUUCUACACGAAGUCCGUGCAGCCAUAUCGCCAGCUGUAUCAGCAUUACAAGAGCGGCCACCAUCCCGCCGCUCGCCUACUUCCAAACUCAUCUUUAGAAAAGUCAUGAAAUUGGCCAAGUCGCCCAACUUCAAUAGGUGCAUGGAAACAACAAAAGAAUUAAGAAACAGACAAAACAGUCUCAGUAAAAGUAUGCUUAAAGCAACGGGAAGUUUAUUGCAAGGAGAUGCUUUAUUAAUCAAAUCAACGAUCGCUAGUCAGUCGAGUAAAACUAUUGAUGAAAUGCAGCCUACAGUUUUUGAGGCAAGGGGAGAUGGGGAUGGUCUAAAUCAAUCGAAAAUUAAACCAAAAAUUAAACAAAUUAAGCCUUUUGACAAGGAAUUAAAAAAUGCAUCUAAUUACGACGAUAUGCGCCACGAAAGUAGGAGUGAUAUGAAAGAAAAAGACGAACUACAAGAAAGAGAUGACGAUAAAACACCUACAAACGAAAUAUCCAUAAGUUCUAUUAACGAUAUAACUGAUAAUUCAGUGUUUAAAGAAUCCAUGGAAAGUGAGAAGCAUGUAAUGUUAUUAGCCGAUGAUCUCAAGAAUGAACUUAUAAUUGCUGAUGAAGAAAAGGACGAUGAUAGUUCCGAACGAAAUAAGUUCGUAAACGCCUGGGUGUCUCGAAUGGCUUGUGAAGAAAAAGAUUUAUAUUGGUUGCUAGAAGAAGUAACUCAAGAACAACAACAUUUAACGACAUCUAUUAUUGAUUUCGUUAUGACUGAAGAACCCUGUGAUAUAGAUAUACUCAGACGAGCUUUGUAUUGUCAGGUACAAAGAGCGGAGAUAAGAAGAAAAGGUUAUUCCAUUAUAAACAGUAUUAUUCACUCAUCACAAACUAUGUCAGAUAGUAUUAAAUAUGCGGCAAUGUCGGGUAUUGCGGGAGCUUGUAUGGCAGACUCGGUUCCAAAUACACCUUUAAAACCCACCAUUCCAUUGACUAGACCAUUGCAGGGCAUUGAAUCUGUGAUACCAUACUUGAAGUAUAUGGUGCUUUUGGAGAAGUCGAAACUAAUGGACUUUAUACUGAUAGAGUUGAGGACGAGGGUAAUUGAAGGGGAACAAAGUCAGCCCUUGCCUCUUAAGAUGAGCGCGAAUUAUGGAGCUCAUGCGUUGUUGAAUAGACCUUCUAGAGCUAGGUUUCUUAUCACAUUAUUGUCCCUAUUGAUUGAAGGAUGUCAGGGCCCGGAAUUAGAACAGCUAAUCAAUGGUGGAGCGCUCAGUUCCUGUUUGACUUUGCUUAAACAAAUCGGCGGCGAUACAUCACAGCACGCGUCACUUAUUUGUCAUGGAUUAAAAUCUAAAUCUGAUUGCUUAAUUAUUUAUGAGGACGAAAGACUAGGCGCAAGAGCAAGAGGAGCGUCUUUAUCUGGACCAGAAUUAGCUUCUUUGAUGAAGAUUGGAACUCGAGUUGUGCGCGGAAAAGACUGGAAAUGGGGAGAUCAGGACGGUGUACCCGGUGGCGAGGGCAGAGUGAUCGGCGAGCUAGGCGAGGACGGGUGGGUGCGCGUGGCGUGGGAUGCCGGUGGUACGAACUCGUACCGCAUGGGCAAGGAGGGCAAGUACGACCUCAAGCUCGCACGGUCACCCUCCCCUCCGCCGUCUGUUGUUGAGACUAUACAGGGGUCGUCGGAGACCACUCAAGACUGGUGGCCAGUAAGCGAAGUUCGCGCGGCAUGUAUAAGCGCAGUGCGUGCUAUGUGCGCGGGCGUCAGUGCGUGCGCGGGCACCGGCAGCUCGAGUACAACUGCGCGUAGAAACGUCGCCGCACUGCAGAGGAGACUGCUGGCUCUAGCGCAUGUGCACAUCUCACCGCCGCCUACAGCGUUCGGUGGACAGUUGCACACGGCGCUUGCUUUGUUGAGAGCAAGCGCUCAAACACUCGAGAUGAGGAAAGCACUUUGCACAGAUUCGUGGUUCGAACUUUGCUACAGUAUUAUUUCCUCAACCGACAAACCUAUCACGCAAGAUUUGGUUUAUCUGCAGAUCCAAUCAGUGUGGCUGUUACACCGUGUACUGGGCGAGCACGUGGGCGCGGUGGAGUGGCGGCGCACGGUGAGCGCGCAGCUCGCGGCGCUGGCGGGCCGGCUGUGGCUGGAGACGCACGGCGCGGACCCGGCGCUGCGCCCGCACGCGCACCCGCACCCGCUCGCGCCGCUGCCGCACCACGUGGACGAGGAGGAAGUGGAUAACAGAUGGCGUGCGCCAGCCACAGCAAGUUACACGGGCGCGACUUGCGCUGCGAUUAUCAACUUGUUACGACAGUUGCACACUAUGCCGCAGUGGCACGGACCCAUUACUAGCAUGUUGCUAGAGAAAAUGCAACUUGCCGCACAAAUGAUAACAAACGACUGGCAUUGGUGGCCACAUGCAAGUCAAGAUUUUGCGCAAACUUUGAGACCGGCGCCUCCAUCGCUGAAUAACUGUUUAAUAGCUGGCGCCCUUGGUGUUUUGGGUGGUAUGGAAUGGCGCGUCCGUCUCGGCCAGCGGGUCAGCGCUGGGUCGCCUCCAAAGAACGCUGUCGUCACACAGUUCUCUACAAGAGCCAAAAUUACUCUGGUUCAUGAUGAUAACACGAUAACUAAGACUGAUCUAAAUAGCGUGCAAAACUUAGAAUGUGAGAAGCUAAGUCAUCCACUAGGCGGCGGUGAAAGUGCGCUUCGUGUGUGCGCAGCCUUACUGGGCGCGGGACCGCAAGCGUCGCCCAUGCACCCACACCAUUUGCCUGCCGAUAUAGAUGUUUUUGGACUAAGGAGGCAGCAAAUGGAGCUAUUAACCCUAUCGGCUGUUAGAGGAUUGUUGACGACGCGUACGCGCCUCAGGAACGUGUUAAUGCAACCGCCUGAUAAUACUAGUGCUUCCCUUGAAAGAGCGAUCAAUUCACCCGGAACGGAGGGUACUCUAUUGCGACGUUUAUUGGCGCUAGCGACUCGUCCCAGUCCACUCGCCGCAUCUCACACACCUAAAGAACUGACCACAGCCGCGUUGGCGAUUUCUCAGCAGUUAGCUGCACAUAUAGCGAGUGAAGAAAAAGAUUAUGAAUCUCCACCGGAAUUACCCAUCAUAGACAAAAGCAACGUACUGCAAAUGUCUAUGGGCCCAUCUACAAGUACAGCUUCAUUGUCUCGCAAAGAUCUCAACACGUGGGCUAACUCUGCGCAAGUACAACAAGUGAUAGAGAUGGGAUUUUCGAGACAUGCUGUAUAUGGAGCUAUACAGACGUUAGGUGGUACAAGUCUACCAACAGUCGAGGCAUUAGUGGCAUACCUAUUAGAAUUGCCACAACAAGGCAUGGAUGAUUCAGUGUUCGAGCCCAAACCGCAUUCCUCUAAAAUGGAAAAGAAACAAACUCCAUACAGAUGGCGUAGUUGUUUUGCAUCUGAAGACGAAUAUGCACAAUACCUUUCGGAUAUUAUUACUCCUGGAAUGACCGUACGAUGUUGUAAGGCAUAUGAGAGUAUUGCUCUUGGCGAUGUUGGACAAGUGCAGAAAGUUGAACGUGAUAUCAAGCAGAAUGUUUAUUUGCAUGUCGAAUGGCGUGGCUUAGGUCGCAUAUCUGGUAUUCGGGCAUUACACGCAGAAGUGGUAUCUGGUGCACCACCAUUCACGCCUGGAGAUAGAGUGCGUGUGCGAGCCGCUGUCACUCAGCCGCGGUAUAAGUGGGGAUGUAUAGAUCAUACCAGCGUGGGUACUGUUACCGCUAUAUCAACCAAUGGACGAGAUUUGACAGUAGACUUUCCACAACAACCUGGAUGGACUGGCCAAGUGAGCGAAAUGGAGCUAGUCACAGAUCAAUCGGAAUGGGGAGAAAGCGCGGGUGGUACGAAUGUCGGUUGGCGUGGUGCAGUACGUGCGGUUCGAGUGUCGUCAUGUCGUGCGGGUGCGGGAGCUCGUCGCUUGUUAGAUUCGCAGCCGCAUACGUAUUGGCAGAGCUGUUCUGGCACUGGACAGCACUGGAUCCGCGUAGAGAUGCGUUGCGGUGUGCGCAUCCGUCGGCUCGGUCUCGGCGUGGCGGGCGGAGUGCACGGACCCUCAGCGCUGUCAGUACGGGCGGGCUCCAGCUUCGAGGAUGCGUGUUUGGCGCCGCUCGCUGCGGUGCCGUGUGCGCCCGCGCCGCCCUCUAGGGAUAGACCGCCGACGCACUUGGCGCAGAUACAACUGCUGUCUGAGUGCAAACAGUAUUAUUCCUGCAUAGAAAUUGGUAUCAAACAAAAUCGCAACGUCAACGCUGACUGUCGCGUAUACGGCCUCUACAUCACUGGAUUCAGACCUAACCCUCUCUAUACCGAAAUAUUAUCUAGCAUGAAUUUUGUAGCGGAAGAUUGGAUAGAGAGAGAAACAACAACUGGUGCGAUGUCUUCUGAUAAUAAUGCGCCCAUUUUGCCAUCGGAUUGUCCUAAAGUAUAUGUAUGGGGAUUGAACGAUAAAGAUCAAUUGGGCGGAGUAAAGGGCUCUAAAGUGAAAGUACCGGUCUUCUCUCCAGUUCUUAGUGCAUUGCGUCCCCUACAUAUCGCUGGCGGAUCUAAAACUCUCUUCAUUGUCUCACAUGAUGGCAAGCUAUACGCAUGCGGAGAAGGUACCAAUGGGCGGCUCGGUCUUGGCCACAGUAACAACGUGUCUACACCGCGAGCUAACCCGUAUUUAUCGCAUGUGCUAGUGCGACGAGUCGCUGUGCACUCUGGUGGGAAACAUGCUUUAGCUCUUACUGCUGAUGGAAAGGUGUAUUCCUGGGGUGAAGGUGAAGACGGCAAAUUAGGCCACGGUAACCGUCUCACACUAGAAGCGCCUCGUCUCAUAGAAUCGUUAGCGGGUGAACGCGUAGUGAAUAUUGCGUGUGGAUCCGCGCACAGUGCGUGCGUGACCGCGCGGGGGCACUUGUAUACUUGGGGCAUGGGGGAGUACGGGAGGUUGGGGCAUGGGGACGAUGUGACGCAGUUGGCGCCUAAGAUGGUGGAAGCUCUUGCUGGAUUCAGAGUUAUUCAAGUAGCCUGUGGAUCACGAGACGCACAAACAUUAGCUCUAACAGCAUGUGGCAAAGUAUUCUCUUGGGGAGAUGGUGAUUUUGGCAAAUUAGGUCGUGGAGGUUCGGAUGGAUGUGCUGUACCAAUGAAUGUUGAGAGAUUGAAUACACUUGAUGUUAUUCAAGUUGAAUGUGGUGCUCAAUUCAGCCUAGCAUUAACGCGAGAUGGAGAGGUAUGGACAUGGGGCAAAGGGGACUAUUUCCGCUUGGGACACGGCUGUGAUGCACACGUGCGAAGACCAACGAUCGUCGAAGCGCUAAAGGGCCGCCGCGUGAUACACGUGGCCGUAGGCGCUCUACACUGCUUGGCUGUUACUAGCGAUCAUCAGGUCUGGGCAUGGGGAGACAACGACCAUGGGCAGCAAGGCAACGGCACCACCUGCGUGAACAGACGACCAGCUCUCGUCGCCGGCGUGGAAGGAGUCCAGCGUGCAGCAGCUGGUUCUUCGCAUUCUGCUGCGUGGGCGCUUCGCCCCGACCUUGGGGCUGAUGCACACGCACCUCAUGUCACACCACUGCCCUUCCCGACGCUCAAGGAUCCACUUGGCGCGCAUAGUCUUGGUCUAUAUUCAGAGGAAAAUAACGUAGAGGAAGCUCCCGGUCCUCGGCCAUCAUUAGCAGCAGCGGCGCUUACGCUAGAGCCACCUGUAGCUGUGCAACAUGCAUUGUCUUUAAUUUUACUCGCGUUACAUAUUACACAGGCGCGGUGCUUGCUCGUAGAAGCGUUACGAGCUCAUGAAGUAUGUAUGAACACGCCAUCAGUGGGGCUGGAAACUGAAGACGAUGACACCGAGGCUGAUGCAAGAACAGGUGGAGGGGAGGCGCCGGCUGACAGAGCCACUUUACCCAGUGGGGCGAGCAGUCCGCUCAGCGGUUCGAUUUCAUCGCGACACUCAGCCGUGAUGUCAUCUAGCGCGGUAUCCGUGGCUGCAGCCACUAUGACCGUGCAACAAGCUGAAGCGCCUAAGGUGGAACUGGAUGACUUCACAUCACAAUUGGGCGAAGCGGACGCAAGGGCCUUGGUCGAUCUAUUGAAGUUGGCUGCAGCUGGACGUAUGCCUGAUGCCGGGAACGCUGUUAAAGUGAUCACUGAUGUGCUUAUGGCUCUAUGCGCCCGUAAACCAAGCGUAGCGGAUAUGGUAGUAGAGGUGUGUGUAUGCGAACUGGAGGAAGCUGCGGCGGGCAGCGUACGUACGCCGCCACACCCCGUCACCGUGGACAGCCCCCAUCCUUAUGCGGAUGAUACUGAUAUAUCGGGCGUCGUAAAGAUCCUAGGCGCUUGUUCUCUCCGCGUAUCGUUUGAGCAGGGUUGCUCUACGGAGCGCCGUAACGACCCGCUCACUAUAUCGGAUGCAGCAGGCAGAGUUUUGGCCACUCGAUCUGGGAGGGAACCCGCUGAUUGGGCACAGGAGGUUAUUGUUAAUGGAGACGAAUUGCGCUGGAGAUUUACAAGCGAUGGAUCUGUUAAUGGUUGGGGAUGGAGGUUUACUGCGCAUCCAGUGCUGCCUACACAUUCUCCUGCGGAUAGCGGAACAGACCGAUAUGUGUUAUCGUGUCCUUCAGUGGAAUUAGCGUGGAGACUAUUGGACGGCCCCCUCUUGUCUGCAAUUUCGAAUGAUCACCAGCUUGCACCAAGAUUGGCUCAAGCGCUGGCGAUUUGUGCACAGAUGCCAACAUUAUCGUGGCGGGCCCGCGUGUGGUGCGUGCGGCGACUGCGCGGGGUGGUGUGCGGCGCGGGCGAGCCGAGCGCGGGCACGCCGGCCGCGCUGCAGCACUUGCCGCAGCUGCUGCAGGCGCAGUACGAGCACGAGGCGCCCGCGCUGCGCACCGCCACGCAUCUCAUGCACACGCACUAUCUGAAGGAACUAGCAUUACUUGCAUGUGGUUUACGAAUGGACGCGCGGAUGUCCAACGGAUCGGAUGCGGCGCGGUGGUUCAAGCGCUACUGCGUGUGCGUGCGUACAGCUGACGCGUUGAUACGUCGCACCCCACUGCCUCCACCGUUCUUAACUGAUGUGCGCAAAAGAUUAGCAGAUCUUGGCGUGUAUGGAGACGAGGGUGGGGAACAAGGUUCUGGGAAUGUAUGGGAAGAUAAUACGAAGUUUACUAGGCAGCAUGAUGAACAAUUGCUACAUUGGGUGAAUAAGCGCCCAGACGAGUGGACAGGUUGGUGGGGCGGCGGCGCGCGCGGGUGCGCCGUGUACGGCUGGGGACACAACCACCGCGGGCAGCUGGGCGGCGUGGAGGGCGCCAAGGUGCGCGCGCCGGCGCCGUGCCACGCGCUCGCCGCGCUCAGCCCCGUGCAGCUCGUGGGCGGCGAGCAGACGCUCUUCGCCGUCACGCCCGACGGCAAGGUGUACGCGACCGGUUAUGGUGCAGGAGGUCGUUUAGGCAUAGGAGGCAUCGAUUCUGUAUCUCAGCCCACUUUACUAGCAUCGCUACAACACAUCUUUAUAACGAAGGUUGCGUGUAAUUCUGGUGGUAAACAUUGUCUCGCCUUGUCUGCGGAGGGUGACGUGUACAGCUGGGGUGAAGGUGAAGAUGGAAAACUUGGCCAUGGAAAUAGAGUGAGCUACGACCGGCCAAAGCUCAUAACCGCGCUGUCCGGGCUAGAAGUAACAGCGAUAGCGUGUGGUGGAGCGCACUCUGCGUGUCUCACAGCACGCGGACGUAUCUACACGUGGGGCAAGGGGCGGUACGGGCGUCUGGGGCACGGGGACUCGGAGGACCAGCUCGUGCCCAAAUUGGUGGAGGCUUUGGCUAACUACCGUGUUAUAGACGUUGCGUGCGGUUCAGGUGACGCACAAACCCUUUGCAUUACGGAUGACGAUAAUGUUUGGUCAUGGGGAGAUGGCGAUUAUGGAAAACUGGGACGUGGUGGUUCUGAAGGUUGCAAGUUACCAAUGCGAAUAGAUUGUUUAAAGGGACUGCGUGUGAUAAAAGUGGAAUGUGGGUCGCAGUUUUCCGUGGCGCUCUGCCAGUGUGGUAGCGUUUAUACUUGGGGUAAAGGUGACUAUCAUAGGCUUGGACAUGGAAGCUAUGAACACGUAAGGCGGCCGAUGCGGGUCACCGGCAUGCAGGGGAAAAUGAUUGUUUCUAUUGCAACUGGAAGUUUGCAUUGCGUGGCGUGUACCGAUACAGGCGAGGUGUACACUUGGGGUGACAAUGACGAAGGGCAACUUGGAGAUGGAACUACGCUCGCCGCUCAAAGACCUAGACUGCUUGUUGCUUUACAGGGUAAACGCGUAACAAAAGUAGCAUGUGGCAGUGCGCACACAGUAGCACUAUGUGUGGAAGCGCCACGUGCUCCGCGACCGCCACCUCCACCGCCGCUUGAGUGUCAUUUGUUGAGGGAUAUGGCGCCGCUUCAUAUGUGUUAUAGAUUGGUGCUACUACAUCAAUUUUCUGAACUUGUGUGCCCGAACUUACCGUUCCUGAUCUUGGAAGGACCACUCGAUCAAUUAAGGACAUUAUUGUUCUAUAGUGUCAAAGAAGCUGCGUUCCGAAAGGCCAUAAUGACAACAAUGGUUCGCGAGCGCCAACACGGUCCCGUAGUAGAGUUGUCCCGUGUGGCCGCUCGCCGCGCACGUCGCGGUGGUACUGGACUCGCUGGUGCUGCGGGCAUGCGCUCCGUGUUCGGGCAGAUGGUGGCCCGGCUGCCUGCGCUUACACAGGAUGCAUUGGCGCUGCCACAUAGAGUGUGGAAGGUCAAAUUUGUUGGUGAGAGCGUGGACGACUGUGGCGGCGGAUACAGCGAGAGCAUAGCAGAAAUGUGUGAGGAGCUACAGAAUGGGUCGUUACCGUUGCUAAUGGCAACGCCCAACGGGCGCGGUGACGCUGGCGCCUCGCGUGAUGCAUUCUUGCUCAACCCCACGGCUAAUACACCACUGCACCUCAAUUGUUUUAGAUUCUUAGGUGUACUAAUGGGCAUUGCGAUCCGCACGGGCUCGCCGCUAUCUCUCUCGCUGGCGGAGGGCGUGUGGCGGCAGCUGGCGGGCCAGCCGCUGCGGCCGCAGGACCUCGCGGAGGUGGACAAGGACUUCCUGCCCGCGCUGCUGUGCAUACGGGACAUGACGCCCGCUAAUAAGGAACUUCAAAAUCUCGAGCUGCCAUUUUCCAUACCAUCAGCAGCGGGUCAUGAAGUACCGCUGUCUACGCGACAUAAGAGAGUCACACCGGAUAAUAAGGAUGAAUACGUGCAAUUGGCACUUCAUUAUAGACUGCACGAAUUCGACGAGCAAGUACGUGCAGUACGCGACGGGAUAUCGCGCGUGGUGCCCGCACCUUUACUCGCACUGUUCACAGCCAGCGAGUUGGAGACGUUAGUGUGCGGCUCGCCUGAUAUACCCGUGCAGACGUUGAGAGCUUCAGCGACGUAUAAGGGCGUGGAACCACACGCUCCACUGGUGCAGUGGUUCUGGGAAGUGAUGGAGGAGCUGUCGGGCAGCGAGCGCGCGCUGUUCCUGCGCUUCGUGUGGGGCCGCACCCGCCUGCCGCGCGCGCCGCAGGACCCGCGCCAGAGGGACUUCGUGCUGCAGGUACUAGACAAAUAUCAGCCGCCCGACCACUUCCUGCCAGAGAGCUACACAUGUUUCUUCCUUCUCAAGAUGCCAAGAUAUUCUUGCAAAGCUGUUUUACGGGAAAAACUACGAUACGCAAUCCACUUCUGCAAAAGCAUAGACACGGAUGAGUACGCGCGCGUGGCUCUGAGCGCGGCCGAAAGAGUUUCCUCCGAAGAGUCGGACACAGAAGAACCAGCGCCAACAACCACGGCUCCUCCACCGCUCUACAGCAUGACGAGGACGCCCACGUGGCUGUAGGCACGAGGCAUCUUUUGUACCAUUAGCUUUUAUGGGCCCGGAUAUGAUGCGUGAGACGGAACGUGGAUGGGAAAUAACUAGAACUUGUAUGGAUAGAAUUUUGGAAAUUGAACCCAUUGCAGAUUCGAGGAUAUAAAAAAGUGUAUGAAAAUAGUAAAUGAUUUUAGUGAAGAAUUUUAAAAGUUUAAUCCUUAUCACUUUCAUUUAGGCGUUGUAUAAAAAAUUCACUGAAAUUAACACCUUUUUCGUGUCAGUGAUUUCAAAGACUAGGCUCAUUGGAAAACUCUGCCUAUUACAGGUGUAGGCAGAGUUUUGCUAUGGACAGUUUUGAACGUGAUUGUUGUUGUUUAUUUUAAGUCAAUUAUAUCAAUACUAUUCUGACAAAUUGUAACUAAAAUUUGAUUCCUGGGUAGGGUCUAGUUAUUUGAUGUCCAUUUAAAAACACUAUGGCAGUCUAAUAGUCUGUACGGAAAUGUUCCUUUUCUGUUAUAUUUAAUUUAUUUAGUAUCCCUACAGUAUUAUUUAUAUGUUAUGGUCUUUUAUAUUGUGUAUAUGAAUUGUAUAAUCAAUAAGAGUUUAUGAAUUGGCUGAAAUUAUAUUUUAUUCUGCAGCUAAAUCGAAACUUUUUCUAUAGCAUUCUAUAUAAUUUAAUAUUGUUUAUAUACCUACUUUUUAUUUUUUACUUGAAGGUAAAUAAUUCGGGACACCGUUAUGAUACAGAAAUUAGAAUAACUAUAUGUAGGAGUUUGAUCUAGUUGUAAGUUUUAGCUUCCUUUUUAUACUGCAUUCCAACCAAGCGCAUAUUUAUGCUUUGCAAUGAAUGUGCACAUAUUUUAAUAUUAUAUGUGCUUAUUGUGAACAAAAUUAGAACAUUGUUAAAUAAAAAAAUAGGUUAUCAAUUCUUUUAUAUUUAGGAAGAUCUUUAGAAUUGUGACGGGAGUGGAGUGAUAAGAGAGCUUAUUGUGUAUGAAGUAAGAAUGGACCGGAUUUAAUACAAAAGUACAUAUUUUAUAGUCUGUGCUUUGACGCCUUCAAAUAUUUGAGUUAAUUAGGGUGGAUUGCACAAUCUCCCCUUUUUGUUGGAAUUAAAAUAAUCAAUGAAGAAAGCGAAUUAUUGUUUUUUAUACAUAUUGCUCCAUUACAUACUUCUUCGAGUAUUUAAGACUUACUUUUCAUUUAUGAAUGUGGACUAUUUAUUUCGUGCAUUUCCUUUUUUGUUAAUGUAUGAAACACUAUCUGUAUGUACCUAAACUACCAGAUUUCUUAUUUAACUAUAAUUUGGAGUUGUGACUGAAUCUCAAUUGAGUAUUUGAAUAAAAAAUUUUUUUGUGCUAAAUGGAAAGAUUAUAUAUUAGUUUUAUAACAAAACUAUUUUU